AUGAAAGAUAAUGAAGAUAAUAUUUUACAAACUUUUUUGGGGUCUACCUUUGCUUCCACUAUAAGUAGAACUUUAUUAUAUCCGUUAGACACAGUUAAAACAAAUAAGCAAGUUCAUAUUAAUAAUUACAAAACUGAUCAAAAUUUUAAUAAAAAUUUUUUUUUUUCAUUUAUUAAAAAAUUUGGUUAUAAAGGAUUAUAUAAAGGUUUUUUUUUUUCAUCUUUGACAACCAUUCCAGCAACAAGUUUAUACUUUUGUUCUUUUGAAUAUUUAAAAUUAAAAAGAACUAAUUUCAAAAAAAAAUAUACAGAAAAAUAUGGAGAUGAAAAUACUGACUAUUUAAAUUUCUUCGAUUAUUUUUCUUUAGGUUUAUUAGCUGAAGCUAUAUCAUGUAUUAUAUUUGUUCCAAUAGAUGUUGUUAAAGAAAGGAUGCAAGCACAAAAAUAUUUAGAAUUAAAAGAAUAUAAUAAAUCUUACUAUUUAAUAAAGGAUCUAAUUAAUAAAGAAGGAUUAUUUAGAUUGUAUAGAGGAUACAGUUCUACAUGCUUGACUUAUGGUUUGUUUGGUGGAUCUUUUUUCUUUUUUCAAAAUAUUGGGAAUAAACUGAUGAAGAAAUUAAACAUAGAAUCAUCAAAUUUUAAUAUAUUUCAAUUAAACCUUAUUUGUUCAUUUUUAUCUGGUUUAAUAACAUCUCCCCUUGAUAUAGUUAGAAUAAGGUUUCAAAUUCAAGAAAAAAAUAAAACAUUGUUCUAUUACAAUAAUUCCUUUGACGGAAUAAACAAGUUGUUGAAAGAAGGAAACAUUUUCAAUUUAUUUAAAGGAAAUUUAUAUAGAUGUAGUUUAGUCUGCCUUAGUAUGUCAAUAAAUGUAACUAUUAUUGAAAUGUUUAAAAAAAUUAUCAAUUCAAAUACAAAUAAAAUAUAA